AUCACGUGAAACGUUUAAGCCGGAAAUGCAUACGCAAACGUUAAACAACGCGGCGUCAUGUAGAAUGAUGAAUUCAAGGUCCAGUCAAGUUUUGCGGAAGUAAACAUCUCCACUGUUCGCUAACAAGGUCCUUUUUUUUACGGUUACAAACGUCAUGCUUUUCGCUCUAUUGUACGAUGUCUGUGUUUAAAUGAGGUAACUUGCGUAGUUCGUACUCAAAUUCAGGCAGUCGGCGUUUUCGUGGACGGCCAAUUGUCAACACCUAGCACGGUGGACACCGUGAAACGAGACGAGGGAGUACGAACCCCCCCUCUGGCUGUCUGUGAGCCUGCUUUCGAGCAUUGUGGAUGCUCAAAAUAACUUGAAAACAUUAAUUUCUCUGAUACCGUCGUACGGUGUCAUCUAAAUCCACGUUUAGAAACAGAUUAAAAGGCAGUCGUACUGAAUUCCAAGAGUAACGGCAACACCUUAACUCGUGGCCUAGGGAGAAAUAGUUGGCUAACGUUGGCUAGCUUUUUAGCUAACGUUUAGCAGUUGUGUCGGAGGCAAACGUUGACAAAUUUUCCUUGUUAGUGAGUUAGGCGUCGAUCAUAGCUAUGACACAUAGAGACUUUCUCAUAGCUGGAUUUUUACUUGUACUCUUGCUGAAUUGCUGUAACGCAAGGAUACACAAACUAUCUCUAAAGAAUGAAACACGGUUUGUCAUCCACCUCAACACUUUUGGUUUCUACGCCAAUGGAACUCUGGAUGUUAACCUGCUGUCCCUGCGCCUCCCAAAACAAUGGGUGGACUACAACAAGUACCCUGUUGGAUUCAGUCUGUCCAAGUCUCGUGUAACUGGAGUUCUUACUUACACUGCAGAGGAAACAGAGACAUGCCCACUCUCUCUCUCAAAGUCAACCAACAAUGAGCCCCUCAUCCUCUUCAUCAUUGAUGUUAAUAAACUCAGUGUCAAUGUGAGAUGUUUGGGUGACCAAGACAACCACUUGACAGCCAAAGUUAAGUCAGACAUGCUGCCUGCCAAAGACGAAGGUCUGAGAGAGAGUCUUCCUGCUCAUGCUGGCAACCCAAACCCUGGAGAUGACAAAAUACCAGAAAAUAAUAAAACUAACAUAGGGACAAAGGUGAAUGAAGAAGGACAGAACACUAAGAAGGUUAAAAGGCUUGUGGAAAGCCAACAAGAUAAACCCAAACCUGCUUUAGAAGUUUUGAGAAAAGGAGAGGAAACUGUGUUCGAGCUGGGAAAGACCAACCAAAUGACCUUAGCUCUGGACAACGUUAAUGGCUCCUACAACUUCAGUUUUCACAUGAUGGUUGGGUUGGUGGCUGAGGGUCUGUACAACCUCAACUUUCACUACUGUCAAAACAGGUUGCCCGGGGUUGACCUGCCCUACUCUCUCAAUGUAGAGGUAACGGAAAAGAAUCCAGGUGGCUAUCUGUCUGCAGCAGAAAUUCCCCUGUCUCGCCUUUAUAUUUGUAUGGCUGGAAUCUUCUUCACUGCAGCCAUGGUCUGGGUUUACACUCUCAUGAAGCACAGGUACAGUGUCUUCAAGAUCCACUGGCUGAUGGCAGCGCUGGCCUUCACCAAAUCCAUCUCUUUGGUCUUCCAUAGUAUCAACUAUCACUUUAUCAACACUGAGGGGCAUCCUAUUGAAGGCUGGGCCGUCAUGUACUACAUCACACACCUGCUUAAAGGUGCCCUCCUGUUCAUUACGUUGGCGCUGAUUGGCACUGGCUGGGCUUUUGUUAAGUAUAUCCUUUCUGACAAGGAAAAGAAGAUCUUCAUGAUUGUCAUCCCUCUACAGGUGCUGGCUAAUGUAGCCUAUAUUAUCAUUGAGUCUACGGAGGAGGGUUCCAGUGAAUAUGCUCUCUGGAAGGAGAUCCUGUUUUUGGUGGACCUCAUCUGCUGUGGAGCCAUCCUUUUCCCUGUUGUCUGGUCUAUCCGUCACCUACAAGAGGCCUCCAGCACUGAUGGUAAAGCUGCCAUGAACCUGGAGAAACUCAAGCUCUUCCGGCAUUACUAUGUUAUGAUUGUGUGUUAUAUCUACUUUACGAGGAUUAUAGUGAUUCUGCUCAAGGUGACUAUGCCCUUCCAGUGGCAGUGGUGCUAUGAGUUUCUAGUGGAGGUGUCCACUCUGAUCUUCUUUGUGCUAACGGGCUACAAGUUUCGCCCAGCAUCCAACAACCCCUACUUGCAACUCCCCCUGGAUGAGGAGGAUGUAGAGAUGGAUGAAGUGGUGACUGAGUCAGGUGCUUUGGAGGGGAUAUCUAAAGUGAAGAAGACUUCUAAUGGGCGCGAGCGUCAGAGAGAAUCCACCUUGUGAACAUGAAGCGGUAUCUUUUGGGAGGGACCCACUGUAAAUCCCCAGACCAACUGGUCUAAUGGGGGGAAAACGGACCAAUGCUCCCCUCCAGUAAUAGAUUGCCUUUGAAAAACUCUGUAAGUGGUUGCCAUGGUGGCACUCACUGUCCGGCUAUGCAAAAAAAAGGACUUGUCGGAUGCGGUCAGGUUUUUGGAAAACUUAAUCCAGAGACACUGAAGGGUUUAUUUCAGGAAGAGAGAGACUCCCACUGCAUGGAUAAAUGGAACACUCCAGGAAUAGAAUGGAGGGGAAAUCUCUUGUUCUUGAUAUAUCUCAUUUUGAUCUCUCUCUUCUCUUUCUCCCUUUCCCUUCCUUCCAAAGAUGAUAAUGAUUUUAGACGAGUUACUUUGGGUGUGUAUAUUGGCUAUUUAAACGGUACCUCUUCAUGCUACUUAGCUGUAACUUUUUGAGUGUGGUGUGAAUAUAUGUUUGUGUUUUGUUUUGUUUUUUUGACAGGGAGACGACUCAAGAUUUGACCAACUGUUUUCCCAAGGAGUGGUCAAAAAAUAGCCGAUAAUUCAGUUAACAGGCUAAUCACUUUUUAUGUGGGAUCAAAACAACAGUCUUGUUCAUUGUUUCCCCUUCAUAGGUAAAUAAUGACCCCAGUGUUUAUCUUAUUUAUAUGACCACAUUGUCACAUAUUCUUUUGCUCUAUUUCUUACAUAGUUGACUUGUAAAUUGAAAUAUGUUUGAAGUUACAUAUUUCAAUUCAUUCAUUUCCAUAUUGAAAUGUGAAAUUUCAGUAUUAAUGAUAUGUGUGUCAGAUGCACAAGCGUUCCUUCCAGCCUGUCACAAGAACCACUGCUGUAAUUUAUUUAGCGCUUUUUGUGGUCGAGGUCACCUUCAUCCUUUUGAAUUUGGAUCAGAAUUGUGUACUUCAGUUCAGACUGUUGUGUGGGCCUCUUAUGAGCAAUGGAGUGAAAAAGUUGGAUCAAUCUGAGUCAUCAGAGUGAUGGUGUAGCCCUUAAUGGAGGUGUUGCCAAUGAUGGCUAUUUAGCCCUGGUCUGCUAAGUUGUUUCAGAAAUGAACUGAUCUAACUGAUAAUAUUUACACUUUUCUGGUUUGUUUUACCUUUUGCUGUUGAUGUUAAACCUAUUUUAUUCAUUAUUAAUGAUUCAGUGGUUAUGAAAUGUUGCAAGGUGUGCAACCAGGCAGACAAGCAUUUGUAAAUAAUUAAAACAGACAUGAUAAACGCGGGGCUAACAGUACUUUGAGCAUUGCAUAGAGAUUUUAUAAAGUGCUUUAGAAGGUGUGACACAGCUUCAAUUUCAGUUAUGUUUUCCUGGUUGCUUCCCUCCUCCCAACAUGAAAUCCAACUUGGUUUCUAGGGAAGGGGAGGAACCAAGAAACGACUACUGAGAUUGUAAUCACAGACCCCCCUCUGCAGGUAUGAGCGGUGUCCACAGGGCAUGAUAUGAUGAUCUCUGUGGGGUUUUCCUGCAGCCCACAGGGCUCAGGUAGACGUCUGGUCAAGAAGUGGAGAUGAGUCGCAUGUUAGAGGGUUGGUUUGUUUUGUCUGUUUGAACUCCUCCAAUAAAAACCGUUUUGAAAGG